AACAAGUCUUCAUUUUUUUUUCGCGAUACGCUAACGUUUUGAAAGUAAUGAGCGAUGCAGGUAGAAACGACUCUCUAACCCUGGUUAUAUUAUAUUGGAAUUCAAGAAAAGAAAAAAUUCUGACGAGAUUGAUCACCUCAAGACUUCUCAUCGCUGUUCAUCGUGUACAUUUCUACCAAAAACGUUUGGUAUAUUUAUUGGGAAAAAGAGGACUGACGGAGGCCGACCUUCCUCAUGUACAUCUUCAACUUAACAACAAAGCCUUUGAAUAUAUCAAAAGCAACAGAGGAGACAAGAAAAAAACAAAGUUGGAAAUUGUUCAGAAUGAAAUAGAAACAUUGUAUUACGAACACUCCAAUAUGCAUGAUAGAAUUGCAAGUGUUUUGGAAACUGUUCUAUGCCUUUUCAUACUGCUAAAAUUAUUUGAAGAUUAACUUAUUCUAAUCAAAUUUUUUAGCUACUUGCAAAUGGAAAGCCCACAUUCGGAAUAAAAUAUCCAAGUUGAAUGUAAAAAUAAAAGCAAAGCUUGUAACUUUAAAUGCUUUGGCAGAAAAAGAUUGGAUUACCGAAAUAAAUGGAGACGUUGACGAUCCGCUAACGUUCCAACAUUUUACGGAAGGAGCUUUCCCGUGGGAAGAGUCAAACGACGGUAAUGAAAUGCAAACUUGUCCUUUGGAGUGAAUUUUUCUUGAUGAUGUAUUUCUAGCCUCCUUCAGGGAAAUUUUAAACUAAUCGAUUGUUGGAUGCUGCUUAAAAGGAAUGAAGAAUAGCCGGGUCAAUCUAUGAAAGAAAUUUCUCAACUUCUGUAUUCCCUAAAGAAAAGUAUUGAAUUUCAUCAUGCUGAAGUUGAAAACCUGAUGCAACCCGAUGAGACUGACCAUUUUGUUGUUCAAGAACAAGAAUUGGUUGAAGAUUUGCUGCCACAACCAGACAAAAUGCUUUUUAAUCAAGCGCAAGCGUCAAUCAAGUUUGCAGAAAUUCGCCGCCUUCAAAUGGUCCUAAAUGAUGCUUUAAGAUACUUAAAGUAUUAUCAAUAUCUAGAACCGGGUGAUUAUGAAAGUAUGCUUAAUGAGGAAGAAUCUGACGGUGAUGAAAUAAAUGAAUGCCACGAUUCUGAUAGCAAUGACAAUGAAGCCUGAUACAUGAACCUAUGCGUCUUACCAUUACAAACCUAAGGAACAUUUUAUUCAAUGAACUGAAGAAUAAGUUGUAACAUUGCGUGUUUGUCAUCAUGUUGAUACUGUACCUGUAGGCGUUGGUCACAUUUCUCUGUUUUUUAAACUGCCUCUCAGUUUUAAAAUGUUCGGAAACUAAGAUUUAAAGAAAAUAAAAACGC